AUGUCCACCCGGGUCCUCAUCCACGACUACCCUCACCGGACUCUGGCGUUGGCGACCGACGAGCAUGUCUUGGUCUUUCGCCACACUCACUCUCCUCCGCCAGAGAACUCCUCGAGGGGCCUGAAGUCUGCAAGCUUGCCAUCACUGAGUGCCAGCCGGUCGAAUCUCACCCCUCGCUGCAUGGUGGAGUUUGGUGGGAGAUCAUCCACGGACCUGAGCCAGUUUCAUACAGUGGCCACUGCUAAGGGCACCUUGGGCCUCAUCACGCUGAACAAUGAUGUCUUCAUCUGCGUCAUCACUGGUUCGGAAAUAGUGGCCACGGUGAGACCCGGCGAGGUCGUGCACAAGAUCUUUGCCGUCGAAUUUUAUUGCCUGAAUCGAGCCGACUACGACCACGCUUCUGGCCCCUACCCAAACCCCUACCCUGGACAGACCUUCCAGUCCGAUGAUGUUGAUUAUGGCGGAGGUUACGACCAAGGCGAUUCGAGCGCAGAGCAUCCAUUCCAUGCCUUGAGGAAGCUCUUGAGCAAUGGGCAUUUCUAUUACAGCGUCGACUUUGACCUGACACGUCGACUGCAGGACCGUGCCGAGGAAAUCUCUACAGUCGACAUUUCGAGCCUGGAUGAAGGUCUCCUGUGGAACUCGUACAUGAUCGAUCCUCUCAUCAAAUUCCGAAGUAGAUUGACGGACCAUGAGCGGAACGAGCUGGACCGAUCCCGCCUCCUGACUUCGGUGAUUCGCGGGUUUGUGAGGACUCUGACCGUACCCUCGUCUUCGUCUCCGAUUCGGGGCACUGUUCCUGGACUACCCACAACCUUGACCGUGAUCUCAAGGCUCUCGUCGAGACGUGCAGGAACGCGGUUCAACUCUCGAGGCAUCGAUGAUGAUGGCAAUGUGGCCAACUUUGUCGAAACCGAGACCGUCUUCUGGUCCAACACGGGGAUUUGCUUCUCUUAUGUCCAAAUCCGUGGCAGCAUCCCGAUUUUCUGGGAAAGCUCAAGCAGCUUGAUCCCGGGACAACAGAAAAUCCAAAUCACGCGCUCUCCGGAAGCCACACAACCCAGUUUCGACAAGCAUUUUGCGAACAUGGAGCGGACAUAUGGAGCAGUGCAUAUCGUCAAUCUGCUCAGCGCGUUCAAGCCCGGUGAGGUGGAGCUGACCGAGAGAUAUCGCUAUCAUGUGAACCGCAGUCCUCUACGGCGUCACGAGGAGGAUGAGGUGGAGGAACAUCUUCUCCUGCGGGAGACCGAAUUCGACUUUCACGAGCGUACCAAAGGCGCCAGUGGGUACGAGGGAGCUCGAUCUAUCCGGCCUUACCUGGAGACUAGUGCCGAGUCUUUCGUCUAUUUUCUCUCCGAGGAAGUUGCCGAUGAAACAGUACUAGAUGGAAAGAAGAGCGUCAUCAAGAGGCCAGUCGUGGUCAUGCAGCAGAACGGGGUGUUCCGUGUCAACUGUUUGGAUUGCUUAGACCGGACCAACCUCAUCCAAGGCAUGAUCAGUCAGAUGGCCCUCGAACUGUUUCUGUCACAUCGAGACGAACGGGGAAAUUCCGAUUUCUGGAUGCGGCAUUCCACAUUGUGGGCCGACAACGGAGAUGCGCUGUCGAAGAUCUACGCUGGCACGGGGGCAUUGAAGAGCUCCUUCACCAGACACGGAAAGAUGAGUCUUUCAGGCGCCAUUGCGGAUGCCAGAAAGAGUGCGACACGCCUCUACGUCAACCAUUUCGAAGAUAAGAACCGGCAGAACACGGUCGACCUGCUCCUGGGCAGACUUGUGGGUCAGAACAGCGUGGACUUGUAUGAUCCCAUCAAUGAUUGGGUGGUUGCAGAGGUGGCCAGACGGAGGCCCGAGUUUGAGACCCGAGAUCAAAUCAAACUCGGCGUAGGCACGUACAAUCUGAACGGCAAGACGAUGGGGGCCAACGAGGACCUUCGGCCAUGGCUGGAUGUCCAUGGCAAAGACCUUGACAUUGUCGUCGUGGCCUUUCAAGAGCUGGUCGAGUUGAGUCCGCAGCAGAUCAUGAGCACAGACCCGAAACGGCGGAUUUUAUGGGAGAGUGCCGUCAGGAACUGCCUGAAUGGAUCCGAGGAAGAAAAGCCGGACGGGCUCCUGCCAACGGGCGAUGAUUAUGUUCUUCUGAGAAGCGGUCAGCUCGUCGGUGCGGCUUUGAUGGUUUUCGUUCGGUCCAGAAUUCUCAGACGGAUCAAAAACGUCGAAGGGGCGAUCAAGAAGACAGGAUUGAGCGGCAUUGCUGGGAACAAGGGAGCGGUCGCCAUCCGGAUGGAGAUCGAGAGCACAUCGGUCUGCUUCGUUACCGCCCAUUUGGCUGCCGGUUUCGCGAACUACGAAGAGCGAAACCGAGACUACAACACCAUUACAUCUGGGCUGAGAUUCCAACGCAACCGAAGCAUUGAAGACCACGAGAUUAUCGUCUGGGCCGGCGAUUUCAACUACCGCAUCGGACUCAGCUACGAAAAAGUGCGGGCUCUCGUCAACGAAGCCAUGGCCGGUUCGGAAAAGACCCGGGAGGAAGUGUUGGGCAAACUGUAUGAAAACGACCAAUUGAAUAUUCAAAUGGUGGUGGGUAGUUGUUUCAACUACUACCGAGAAGGACGGGUCAAGUUCUUGCCGACGUACAAAUACGACAUAGGCACGGACGACUUCGAUUCCAGCGACAAACAACGAAUCCCGGCCUGGACCGAUCGGAUUGUGUGGAAGAUCAACCACAAAAGCACCGCGGUGCAGGCCGGGGAGAUUUUGGGCACCCAAAUGAGGCAAUUAAAAUACGACAGCGUCAUGGCACUGCGGUUCAGCGACCAUAAACCCGUAUAUGCGGCCUUUGAAAUGGGGAUUUUGGUGGUGGAUGAAGGCAAGAAAGAAGUGUUGACCAAGAAGCUGUACUCUAAGAGAGCAAAAGAGUUGAAGACCCAGGCGGGCGAUUCCACGGAUGGCUUUGAGGAGAUCAGCAGCGAAGAAGACGAGACCGAAAGCGUGAUGGGAUACGAGAGUAUCCAAGAGGGGCUACCAGCUGCCAGCAGCGACAAGACGAAAUGGUGGUUUGAGGGGAACAAAGCGGCUCGAAGCACGGUCCGACCUCCAAAAGAAGGCAUGUUGCUCAACCGGAACCGUGAAGGGAAUCCCUGGCGAGAAGGCGGAGAAGACGACUGGGUGCAGGUUGAUAGGCCUGCUAUCAUGGACAACAGCAGCAAAGAGGCCAGCAGAGCAUCGAGUAGGAAGCCGGUGCCUCCUCCGACAAGAGGAAGCAGGAGAAUGGUACCGCCUCCUUGGGAGGGAGAUCGAGUGGUCUCGUCCACAGGACCAAAGCCCGACACUGCCAGCGCUGCCUCGUCGCCUGUCCGAUCUCUAGGAAACGUGACUGGCGAUGCCAUCCAGACGUCGCCGUCGACAAGCCCACUGGCGAAGAAGCUGCCACCGCCCAAACCAGCCAAGCCAUCGACUCUCGCGUCGUCUUCAAGCCCGGUGGCCUUUCCACCGUCGAGUCCUCUUGCUUCGUCUGCCCUGCCUCCAGUGGCCAGUAUCCCACGGCCGCGUUCUGAUGAGGAACAGCCUCCCCCUCUGCCCAGACGAACGGGAACAGCCAGUUCGACAGCAUCCUUCAUCAGCGCCUCAGAUACCAUCUCAUCUGUGUCCGAUACCCACCGAGGCACUCCUCCGCCACCCCCUCCAGCGCGGGUCUCACAACUCCAAAGCCAGAAGCCGCGCGAUGGGAGUGUCGGGUCCACACCUUCGCGGAGAAGUAGUUCUUUGAGCCAAACUUUGACGGAAUUGGACGCCGCGCCUCCUUUACCACCCAGGCCUGGUCGGAGUACAAGUAUUUCUACAACGACUAGAAAGGACACCGAGGGCGGUAGGACGAGUGAGAGGGAAGCAAACGGCAUGGGCAAUACGAGCGGCCAUAGGCCCGGUAGCGGUGAGCCAGGUACCAUGGCGACCGCGGACCUGCUGGACAAGGAAGAUAGCACAGGACGGGGUGAUUUGGAUAAAUACAAGCCUCUUCUGCCAGGAUGA